AUUUCACCACGCAACGUCAGCCCUGCUUGUUUAGCAGGUAAUGCGUAAUGCUGUCACUGAGGUUGCUAGGCAGGUCAGGUUAAACUAGCUGGUAGCUAACUUGAGUUAGCUGAAGUUAAAGCGUUGUCUCUAGAACCAGUCUGCUGUAAAUUAUUCACAACACUUGAAUACAGUGACCAUCACUUCCAACUAGAUGGAGGCGUUUCUAGGAGCUCUGCAAAAUCCUGACCUAAGCUCAGUGCUGUCAUCCUGUGAGCCAGAGCUGCAGGAGCUGAUGCGACAGAUUGACAUCAUGAUCAACCAUCAGAAGAGAGAGUGGGAGGUUGAGAUGAAGGCCAUGGGGCUCCGUCUGAAAAGUGGGGAAGAGGAGCUGUCGACUUCCAGGGAUCUGGUUGAUCGGAGGGAUUUGGAGAUUGGAGUGCUCCGCAGGCAGCUAGAAGAUAUCCAGACUGGACGACAAGAGUCAGUCACCAAGUAUGAGCAAAAGCUGCAGAUAGUCCGUGAAGAGCUAGAUAAAUUGAAGAGAAGUUAUCACAAGCUUCAGCGCAAACAGCUCAAGGACACCAGCAGAGGAGCAAAUACUAAAGAGACAGAUCUCUCAGAGGUGACCCGGCUUAGUGAAAAGAUUGAGGAGUAUCAGCAGUGCUCUGUAGAGUGGGAGCAGCAACGCCACCAGUACCAAACCCAGCUGACAGCACUGGAGGUCCAGAAUAAGAGCCUGACUGAUGAACUCAUGCACAUAACAUCUCAGUGGGCAUCCUGGCAGCAGGAGAGGGAGCACAGGGAAUGCUGCUUAGAUGUGCAACGUCUGCGUACUCAGCUGGAGAAGGCUCAGAGCAGCCUGCACUCACAGGAGCUGGAACUGCUGCGCCUCCGACCCCUUGAGACGUGGCUGGGACAGUACCAGAGAGAGCAGCAGGUACACUCCGAGGAAAGGCAGGAGCUCCACACCACGCUGGACUCUCAGGACACAUUUGUACGCAGAGCCAGUCUUGAGCGCCAAAGGCUUCGCAACGAGGCCGCCAGACUCAACCAAGUACUGGAAGCCAAAGAUCAAGUCAUUCGCUCUCUGGAGGACUGCCUGUCAGUUCACGGCUGUGUUGGUGUGGAAACCCUCAGACAAGACCUGGAGAAGACUGCAGCCAAGCUUCAGUGUGCUCAAGCAUGUGAGGUUCAUCUCAAGGCUGAAGUGGCGUGUCUGAAAGAAAGACUGGAGAAGGUGAGCCGACAGAGAUCAGACCACUCGAAGGCGGAGCAGGAGCUGAGGACCAUUAAAGCAAAUUAUGACACUUCUGUUGCAGAAAUGAAAAAGCUCAGAGAGGAGCUUCUGAGAGCCAGGCAGACUCACAGCGGAGAGGUGGAAGGCAUGAGGAAGGAGGUGUCCAAGCUGACCGGUGAGCUGCACCAGAGAGACCUCGCCAUCUCCAACCUGAGCGGCUCCUCGUCCAGCGUCAAGCAGCAGCUCCGUGGCGAGCAGGAGCGAGCAGAACAUAAGACAGCUGAGCUUCAAAUGAGUCAGGCCCAGCUGGACACUCUGCGAGCUGAGAACCAGCAUCUGAAGAGUCUGCUGCAGAGUAAAGAAUCUCACUCACCCAAGAGGAGGGAUUCCUCACUCACUUCCCUGAGGGAGAGUUAUGUGUCAUCUCUGAGCAGCUUGGAGCAGGAGAAUCAGCAGCUAAGGCAAGAACUUGCUGAGAAGCACGCGCAGCUUGGGCAUCGGGACAAAUAUGAACGAGCCCUGCUGAGCAACGCUACAACUGACCAACCACAGCCUGCUCAAAAACGCCACGAAGAUCACAGACACAGGCAGGAGGUGCAGGCUAAUCUCCAAGAGAACCCCACUCGUUACGAAGGCGAGAUCCAGAGGCUCUUCAAACAGCUGCAGACCAUGUCCCCGACCUCCAAAGAGCAGCCCUGCAGCCAGGCCCAAGACAGCAGGUCUCAAUCAGCAGCAUCCUCCUGCUCCUCCAACUCAUCAGGAAGCAGAAGACUCACCAGGAAAAACUCAGUGCCAAACUUAAGCUCCAAUGAAUCCGCUGCAGAAGGACAGAGCUCCAGCUCGGAGUGCUCUCGAAGCUCAGUACCCUCUCCCUCGCAAAUGGAUCCCUUGUCAAUGUCACCUGGAGAUGUCACGGUGUCUCAUUUCUUGGAGGAAGAAAACUUGAGGUCCAAAGAGCUGCUGCAGAGACUGGACACCUACAUCCACGACAUGAGAGAGAACAACAUCAAGACGGCAUCAAAGCACCUACCUGCUGGCUCAGAGCCCGAGCCUGCCCAGACGUCUGUACAGAGCAGUCAGUGA